AAUUUAUUUUAACAAUUUUCAAGUUUUUUUCCGACAGGUGGCCUAAUUCUUGUUAUGAGGGAGCAUUGCCACGUCAGGUUCUAAAUCUAAAAGAUGCCAGCUUCUGCAAGUGCAACUUCAGUUGGAGGAGGAGGACGAUCACCUAAGGCCAUGGCACCACGAUCUCCAGGUGGUGCACUAAAGCAAUCUGGUGGUGGUGGCGGCACAUUAAAACAAAGGAAAACUGUUGCUAGUAGCAGCAGUAGGGCAAGAAACACAGGUGCAACCAGUGGUGGAAUGUGGAGAUUUUACACAGAUGACUCUCCUGGCAUUAAAGUUGGUCCUGUACCUGUUCUGGUCAUGAGUCUUUUGUUUAUCGCUUCCGUCUUCAUGCUACACAUAUGGGGAAAAUAUACACGUUCUUAAAGAUUUACCUUCACUCCAGUUUUGAUCUGUUUGACCCUUUUCUUAUGGGACCAUUUUACUUCGGUCAUUCAGUGUAAAUCCUUAUUUGUUACGUGUGUAUUAUAAUAAAAUGAAUGAUGAAACCAGUUUCUAAUUUUAACACUUCCUGUUAA